AUGGAGCCGGCGGCGGCGGCGGACGGGGCCUCGGACGAGCCGGUGCACAAGGGGCGGACCAACUCCAUCCUGCUCCCCAUCCUCGCCGUCCUCCUCGCCUACCUGCUCUACCGCUACCUCCGCCCGCGCCUCCGCGGCCUCCGCCUCGACCGCCUCCCGUUCCGCGUCCCGGGCUGCCUCCGCCGCCGCGGCAAUGCCACCCGGAGCACCCUGCUGCCCUACUUCGCGCCCAUCGCCGACGAGGCCGCCGCCGCCGCGCGCCGGAUCGGCGCGGUCAGCCACCCGAACCUCGUGCCGCUCCGCGCCGUGUACGUCGGGCCGAGGGGCGAGAAGCUGCUCGUGCACCCCUUCUACGCCGCCGGCUCGCUCCACCGCUUCUUGCAAGAGGGGAUCGCCGACUCGCAAAGGUGGAGCCUAAUCUGCAAGCUCUCCGUCUGCAUCGCCAAGGGGCUCGACCACCUGCACACGGGGAUGGAGAAGCCGAUCAUCCACGGCAACCUCAAGACAAGCAACGUCCUGCUCGACGCCAGCUACGAGUGCAGGGUCUCGGACUACGGCCUCUACCUCCUGCUCAACACCGGCGGCGCCCACGAGAUGCUGGAGGCGUCGGCGGCGCAGGGGUACAAGGCGCCGGAGCUGGUCAAGAUGAGGGACGCCACCAGGGAGACCGACGUGUACAGCCUGGGCGUGGUGCUGCUGGAGAUGCUCGCGCAGAAGGAGCCGGCCGGCGGCGACGACCGCGCGCCGAGCUCCCGCGACAUCUUCUUGCCGGCGUCGUUCAAGAACCUGGUGCUCGAGAGGAAGAUCUCCGACGCCUUCAACUCAGACCUCGUCAGGCAGAGCAGGAAGUCGGGCAACGAGAGGAAGCUCAACGCCUUCUUCGAGCUGGCCACGGCCUGCUGCAGCCCUUCGCCGUCGCUGAGGCCCAACACCAAGGAGAUACUCAGAAGGCUCGAGGAGAUAGCAAAAUGA